UACAUGUUGGUGCUGUAAAACUGUUUCCGGUGUUGGAGGGCAUCGGAAAAAUGAAACAUUGACGAUAUUGCAGUAGUGGUAUAUCGCCUUCGAUUGCAGAUUUGACAAAAUGCGGAUCCUUCUUUGGGCAAACAGGAACAUUGUUCCAUGUUUGAAGCGUACGGUAGGCCCCGUCAAUGGGUUGUUUAAGUCAAAUGUACCGGCGGCUAGUCUGACGUCCAUCUCCGACCCAGAAUACGCCAGCCGGAGAAAAAGUCGAAUGGCACCAUAUUCAUAUGAAACGAAACCAUUACGAUAUCCUCAGAUCUUCACAAAUAAAACAGUCAAUCGAUUAGAUGAAAACUCCAAGCUCAUAGUUAUUGAAGGAAAUGUUGGAGUCGAGAAAGAAGAAUUUGGGAGAAAAGUUGCCGAGGAGUUUGGGAUGAAAUUCAUACCAGAAUUCACAGAAGAAGAAUAUUUUAUAAAAGGUCAGGGGUAUGACAUUAGACAAACAAAUGAACAAGUUUCAGACAAGGUGAAAUUCUGGGAUAUGGAAAUGCUGUAUACUAGCAAGAAUCCUAAGGAUGCCCGCCAUUUUCUUAGAACACAACUAGAACUAUACCAGGAGAAAUUUGAAAGGUACAGAGAGGCAGUGAGCCACAUAUGGAAUACAGGUCAAGGCGUGGUGAUGAUCAGAAGUGUUUUCAGUGACCUUGUUUUUGCAAAAGCACUGAGGAAGAGUGGAGUUUUUACUGCUAAAGGCUUCCAGCAUUACUCGCGUGUGUACUACAAUACACAGGUUGAGCUUAUCAGUCCACAUCUCUUUAUAUACCUGGACGCACCCACUCAGUACUGCAUGGAACAGAUCAAGAAAAGAGGACGGCCAUGGGAAGUGAACAGCACCAUUCUGACAGAAAAGUUCCUAGGUGACAUAGAGAAUGUCUACCAAUCUGAUAUCUUCCCUCAAUUCAAGGACCUGUCAGAAAUAAAGACUUACGACAUGACCAGUCCACUGGACUUUGAGCUGAUUUUUGAAGAUCUGAAUGAGACCAGUUUGGAUGGGCCAAGGGUGAAUGAGGACACUAAGUUCAUUGAAUGGGAACCACCACUUGGUAUUGACAUGAACCUCAUUAGAUACCAGUAUGGGAAGAAUUAUAACUGGAACUGGAACAAAAUAUUCGAGGAAAUUAAUACGCCAGAAGAUAUAGAUGAAUUAAAUUAUGAUUCAAAUGAAGUUGAAGAAGUAGAGACUAUUUUGAUGGAGCACCCUGGACACAAGUAUGAACAAUACUACAAUCCAGAAACUCAACGUUACUAAUGUCGGGAUUUAGUCAACAUCUGUAUCCGAGGUGAAAGGUCAGACAGUUCAAGGUCAAUAAACAUGAGAAAAUGUCAACAAGGACAAGGUCGUAACCACAGUUUCUCAGACACUAACUGAACUGAAACUUCAGUAAAUCUGAUACUUUGAUAGUGCUGUGAAGAAUACUGAAUGGAUGAAUAUAUUUAUGAGAGAACAUUUUUGUGACAUUUUGAAUUAGAAUUGGUUUGUAAUAAAUCUGGUACUGAU